GUCUGGUGACGUGUCUCUCCUCUCUCUUUUCUGGUGGAGCGGCUGCUGGAUGGGGACACACCGACUCCGCUAAGCACUCAUACUGGAACUAGUAACACCUCAAGACUCGGCCUACGGACAUUAUGGGGAUUAAAUUUUUGGAGGUCAUCAAGCCGUUCUGUGCGGUCUUGCCAGAAAUUCAAAAACCAGAACGAAAGAUUCAAUUUAGAGAAAAGGUACUAUGGACCGCCAUCACACUUUUCAUCUUUCUGGUGUGCUGCCAGAUUCCUCUCUUUGGCAUCAUGUCUUCAGAUUCAGCAGAUCCUUUCUACUGGAUGAGAGUAAUCCUGGCUUCCAACAGAGGUACGCUGAUGGAGCUGGGCAUCUCACCCAUUGUCACCUCAGGCCUUAUCAUGCAGCUUCUGGCUGGUGCCAAGAUCAUUGAGGUGGGAGACACUCCCAAGGACAGAGCCCUCUUCAAUGGAGCUCAGAAAUUGUUUGGAAUGAUCAUCACUAUUGGACAGGCCAUUGUAUAUGUUAUGACUGGCAUGUAUGGAGACCCUUCAGAGAUGGGUGCUGGGAUAUGCUUGCUCAUCAUCAUCCAGCUCUUUGUUGCAGGUCUGAUUGUCUUGCUGCUGGAUGAGUUGCUCCAGAAGGGCUAUGGUUUGGGCUCAGGUAUCUCUCUCUUCAUUGCAACCAACAUCUGUGAGACAAUUGUCUGGAAGGCCUUCAGCCCCACCACUGUCAACACAGGCCGAGGUACUGAGUUUGAGGGGGCCAUCAUUGCUCUUUUUCAUCUUCUGGCCACCCGCACAGACAAGGUGCGUGCCCUGAGAGAGGCCUUCUACAGACAAAACCUGCCUAACCUCAUGAACCUUAUCGCCACCGUCUUUGUGUUUGCAGUGGUCAUAUACUUCCAGGGUUUCAGGGUGGACCUGCCCAUAAAGUCAGCACGCUACCGUGGUCAGUACAACACCUACCCCAUCAAACUGUUCUACACCUCCAACAUCCCCAUCAUCCUGCAGUCUGCCCUCGUCUCCAAUCUCUACGUAAUAUCUCAGAUGCUCUCUACACGUUUCAGCGGCAACUUCCUCGUCAACCUCCUGGGAACCUGGUCUGACUCAACGACUAGUGGACCAGCUCGGGCCUACCCAGUGGGAGGUCUCUGCUACUACCUUUCUCCUCCGGAGUCAUUUGGUUCUGUCCUGGAUGAUCCGGUUCACGUUGUCAUCUACAUUGUCUUUAUGCUCGGCUCCUGCGCCUUCUUCUCCAAGACCUGGAUUGAAGUCUCGGGAUCCUCUGCCAAAGAUGUGGCAAAGCAGCUAAAGGAGCAGCAAAUGGUAAUGAGAGGACACCGAGAGACCUCUAUGGUGCAUGAGCUUAACAGGUACAUCCCCACAGCUGCUGCCUUUGGUGGCCUCUGCAUAGGAGGGUUGUCUGUAAUGGCUGACUUCUUGGGUGCGAUUGGUUCGGGUACAGGAAUCCUCUUGGCUGUGACAAUCAUCUACCAGUACUUUGAAAUCUUUGUGAAGGAGCAGAGCGAAAUGGGCAGCAUGGGAGCGCUGCUUUUCUAGAAAAUACCAACCUGACACACAUGAGACACAAAGCAUCCACCCCCCCCAAUAUUUUCUUUUUUUUUUUUUUUUUUAAUUUGCGCAUUCAGUACAUUUUGCAGCUGGCAUAGGUAAUUUUUUUCCACCACUUGUGUUUUCCACCAUUGCCUCUCCAGCGUGUCAGUACUGAGAGAACCUUUUUGGUUACCCCCAGCGUUGAGCAUAGUAUCGUGUGUCUUCAGUCCUUUUACUUAGAAUAGCUAUUACCCAUCUCUCUGCAGCUUCUCUUAUCAGCUGAAGAAUGCCUAAAAGCACAUAAGGAUGAGGUGCUGUCUUUGACCUACCUCAGGCAUUGUUCAUUGCAACAUGUUCAAAGAACACUAGGACAACAACAAUGUGUUGGUGCUUAUUUCAAGCUGAACGCACUGCCUGGACAUUUCGGAGGACUUGAAAGAAAACCAUGUAUGAAUAAAAUAUGCUUGUUCUCCCGAUAAGGUUUAUGGUAAUCUUAGACAAGCUGUCGGUGGUUUUUAUUUACCUUUUUAUUUUGAUAUUUUAAAUCAUGGACUAUGUUUAUAUUCACUCUGGUCUUAAAUAGGGCACAGUGUUUUUCUUCUGUCUCUGCCUGGUCCUUAAAGGAAAGUGUUUGUGUUGUCAUGGUCUUUUACUCCCAGGCUGGAUCACUGCACAAUGCUGCCGAGAUGGUCGGGAUGAGGGUGGGUUUGAUGGGGUCGAAAAGGGGUUCCAUUUUGGUUUUUACUUUAUGUAACAGACAUAAUUGUUAUAAAAAAAAAUAGAAUUCCCAACAUA